UGGAGGAGAAACCCCGGCCUGCAUGGUGAGGAAGAGAGGGAUGUGAUUGUGCGUGUUUGGGACGAGAGAGGAGAGCACAGAGUGAUCACAACCAAGGCGAAAGUAAAUCACGUGUGGGUGUGGAUUAGUACAGAAGGGGGGAAAGUAAAAAGUGACUUCUACUUCUACUUUGUUUUCCUUCUCUCUUUGCUUUUUCGACCCCCCUCCGCCCUGCAUUCCGCGGAGCAGCUGUGUUUUAAUGCGCACCCGAGGUGGAGAGGAAGGAGAGAAGAGUGAGGAAGAAGAGGCAGAAGAAGAAGAAGAAGAGGUAGAAGUAAGAAGGCCUGGACACCACCCGUCCUCGUCCCUUGGAGGUCUGUCCACUCUCCCCUCCUGGCCCUGCAUGGACGGGGAUGGGGAGAGCCGGAUGCUGUUGCCGCGGGGCUGAGCGCCUCGCCUCCCCGUCUCUGGUGCGCCGUUUCCGGCCACUGCUGCUGCUGAUCAUCGCUCUCUGCUGCGGUGCUCAAAUAGGUCAGUGCCAGGUGGCGACCCCUCAGUGCCGUAUCCAGAAGUGCACCACCGACUUUGUCUCCCUGACCUCCCACCUGACGCCGGCUGUGGAUGGCUUUCACACAGAGUUUUGCAAGGCUUUACGUUCGUACUCGGCCUGCACCCAGACGACGGCCAAGUCCUGCCGGGGGAACCUGGUCUUCCACUCGGCUGUGCUGGGCAUCUCAGACCUCAUGAGCCAGAGGAAUUGCUCAAGAGAUGGGCCCACGUCCUCCACGCACCCCGAGGUCCAACACGAGCCCUGCAACUACCACAGUCGAACCCAGCACGCUCACGCACACUCCCACGUGCACGCACAAACACACCCCCAUGCUCACGGUCACGGCCACGGCCACGACCACGACCAUGGCCACUCUCGGCCGGUCUACCUGUUCUGCGGGCUGUUCGGGGACCCACACCUGAGGACGUUUAAGGACAGCUUCCAGACGUGCAAGGUGGAGGGGGCGUGGCCUCUCAUCGAUAAUGACUAUCUGUCAGUACAGGUCACUAAUGUUCCUGUGGUAACUGGCUCCAGUGCCACAGCAACCAAUAAGAUCACCAUCAUCUUCAAGCCCUAUGAGGGUUGCACAGACCAGAGGGUCUACCAGGCGGUCUCAGACAGCCUCCCUGCUGCCUUUGAUGAUGGAACUGUGAGCAGCGGAGACCCCAUCCACUUUUCUGCUGGUGCAGAAGGUGCAACUGGGAAGGUCCGGGCUCUGUGGAUCUCUGAACGCAGCCCGGGGCGCCACGUGGAGCUGCACGCUGGCUACAUCGGUGUAACUGUAAUCGUUCGCCAGCUGGGCCGCUACCUGACCCUUGCAGUGCGGAUCCCAGAGGAGCUGGCCCAGGCCUACGAUGCCACCCAGGACCUGCAGCUCUGUCUGAACGGCUGCCCUGGAGGAGAACGCAUCGACCAGGCGGGGCACCUUCCCCUGCCGCUCUCCCCUCCUGCGCUCGGCCUGCAGCUUCAGCAGCUGCGUCGGCCCAGCUACUCCUCACAGACACAAGCGUCCCCCUACGGUGCCACGCAGGUUUUCAGUGUGGACGGGGCGAAGGAACGCUGCAGGGAGCAGCUGGAUGUGCAGGACAUUUACUUCCACUCCUGUGUGUUUGAUCUCCUGACCACCGGGGACGCUAACUUCACAGUGGCGGCGUACAGCGCCCAGAAGGACAUGGAGAGUCUCCACCCACACAGGGAUAGAUGGAGGAUCUACCCCCGCGGCUCUGCCACCUCCACCUUACACUCGGAUUCUCCACCUAUCAAACGCCUGGCUCUGCUCCUGCUGUGUGCUCUGAGCGUGGCAUUGAAGUAAGAGCGGCACUGCGAGGCUUGUGUGUGUGUGUGUGUGUGUGUGUGUGUGUGUGUGUGCACUAGAUUAAGAAUUUGGGGAGUUUCGUUGAGCACUGAUACUGAGCGCUGUUUCCUCUCUCAUGUGGAGAGCAAACAGCCGGCUGGACAGCUACUGGGAACCAGUGUUUUUGGCACAAGAGAUACUGGCAACACUAACUGCAUCUUACCUGGCAGAAUCAGCCCUCUGGGGAAUAACACGGGAGUUGUGAUGACGGCUGACUGUCUUCAUCUUUAGAUAGGACUCUCGACAAUGACACAACCGUACCUGUGUGGGUGAAUGGAGUGAAUGGAAAUACACUCCGAACUGUAAAUAGCUUGUCUUCAGUGCACAACGUGAUGCCGUAGAGUUUGUUUUGUUUUUGUGCCAUUUGAUGUGAUUUCUCUUUAAUACCUCAGACAGAGGAUGUUUGUUUUAACAGAAGCACUUUAUUUAGUUUAUUUUUUUCUUUUUAACAAAUCCACAUCAGUGUUUCUUCCUCUCACUUACUGUCCUCUGCCAAAAUCUCCAACCGCUCAAGUUGUGGAGACCAUCAAUAAUUAGAUUUUUGAUCCUUUCAAUGUAAUAGUUGUGGAAUACAAGGAGCUGCCAUUUUUGUUCAAAUCUUCCAGGUGCUGAUUUAACUCAGCGUCUCACUUUCAAGUCAGCCAAUGUGAAGUGUUCUCUUUUGAAUGUUUUAUGAAUAUUGUCACUGCAAAUGCCAUCAGUACUAUUUUGUUGCCGUAUGAAUUUGUUAUUUUUCCUCAGUCCUGAUUUCAAAUAUGUUCCAGUGUGUAUGAAAGUGUGUGUGUGGGUGCGUCUGUAUUUUUAUAAUUGUUUUUACACUUUUUAUUUCCUCUGAAAAUCAUGUCGGAGGGAUUCCCACCUUUUUGCCAAGAGGCUGUGACGAUACCGGCUCAUGUAUGUUGCUCUCCGUAUUCUUUGUUGUGUUAAUUUGAGCCAAAGACAGAUAAUGUAAGGUUUUGUAUGUACAAAGGAGAUCCAAACUCACCACCAAACCAGCACCCUUCUCCUCCUCACACUCUCUGCUCUUUUUUUAAAGUCGCUACUGUUUUCUCCUACUGCCAGAAUAGAUGAGCUGCUCUUUACUGGGAUACGUGUAAGAUACUGGAAUGAAGACAAAACAUUGCAAAUCCCUGAGAACUCUACCACCGUCUGCUGAUAUGUGUGCGUCAGCAGUGUGUUGUGGGAAAUGUAUGCCAUUUGAUACCCGAUAGACCCCAAGACUAUGAGCCUUUUCAACAUGCAACGUUCUGAAUAAUUAUGCCCCUUUUGUUUGCCAUAAUCAGCUUCAUCUCAGUUUUUGUCAAUGUGAUCCUUUACAUCAUGUGUGAGUGUCAGUUUGGUGAAGAGUGACUGGUCAAUGUUGAAAUACUUAACUUAUUUAUGAACGUAGUGUCCUGUAGAGGAAGUUAAGCUCCAUAUUCUUGCUGUUGGAUAAUAAUAAAAAAAAUGUCAGAUGUGAUUGUACUGCCACUCAGUGGUGCUCUGUUGCUAUGUCAGUGUGUUACUCAAGGCGCUCAAAAAAAAAUCAAACAAAAAAACAUGGAGGAAAAAACUGUGUGCAAGUGUUUUAUUUAAAAAAACCAACCAAUAAAGUCAA